UUCAUGCUAUGUUGUUUAACUACACAGAACCAGGAGUACUUUGGUGCGCGUGCUGCAUUGCCUUGCGCUUGAAUGUAGGUGCGCAAAAUUAACUUACGUGUAAUUUAGGUGAGCACUUUAAGGGUCAUUUUAAGGAACUUGUGACAUGUGGGUCUGGUGCUUAACUUCAGUUCCGGUCUGGUUUGUGUGAAAUUCCCUCUGUCUGCACAUUUCUUUUUGUUGACAAGGCGAGUACAAAACAAAAAACUUGUAUGAGUUCACCAAUAGAAUGACUCAGAAUGAGUGACUACGUCCCUUCCUCUCUCUAUAUAAAGCUCAGAGCAUUAAGUAAAGAGAGAGUAAUUGGGCUGAAGGAAAAGAAGAGAAGGGAGAAGAUGAUCUGCAGGAUCCUGCUGCUCAUCAUCCUCAACUCAUGUCUCUGUGUUCAGGAAAACAUCAGAGCUGUACCUGGAAAGAACGUCUCUCUGCCAUGUCAAGUCCCCAACAAGAAACCUGCUGUCUUUGUAAAGUGGACCCGACCUGAUCUAGAACCAGAAUAUGUCCUCCUGUUCAGAGAUGAGCAGCUGGAUCCAGAACUCCAGCAUCCAUCUUAUCAGAACCGGGUGGACCUGCAGGACAGACAGAUGAAGGAUGGAGACGUGUCUUUGGUUCUGGAGAACGUGACGACUAACGACAGAGGAACAUACGAGUGUCGAGUUUUUCAGAGGGAAGCAAACCGAAGGAAGAGACACACUUUGACCUUUGACCCCAUUGCUGUCAUCUUCCUGGAUGUAGCUCCUCCUCAAGAGAACAUGGAGGGAAGAACCGAGGAUGGAAGCAGUCAUCGAAAUGCUGGACUGAUGGCUGUAGCUGGACUGAUUAUCACACUAGCUGUUGCAGUGGUUGUCAUUAAAAAGUAUCGCUCUGUUUCAACUAAGUAGGUUUUCAUAUUUAGGCAUAAGAAAAAAAGGUUCAAGUAUCAUUUAAACCUCCAUUUUGUUUGGGAAACAUCAUCUGAACUAUUGAAGGAUGUUUAGAUGGUCCUGAGGGCCACAGGUGGCUCUCAGACCAGAGGUGUCUGAACCUCAGUGUUAUUACAUUCAGGUUUUGAAUCUUAGGAUUGAUUUAUCUAGAGACAUGCAGGAACAGGAUCAGGAGAUGAUAGCACAGUGGUUCUAUUUACUCAAUGCUGAAAUAAACCUGUGUAUAAGCAGAUCUAAGCAGUUUUAUGUCUCACUUUUCCAUCACAACCUUUAGUUAACGUCUUUAUUUAAGCACCAUAAAACAUCUUCAGUCCAGAAUUUAGAAACUUUUACUUUUCAUGCAUUAAUCUUUGAUGAUUUCUGUGUUUUCCAACAUUUCCUACAUGUUAAAAAGACAUUUAUUCAAACUUUGUGAUGCAGCAGCAUCAGAAAACAUGAGAGGAGAAAAUAAUGUGAGAAACCAUCAGACUUUGUUAAAAGUUUCAUCUGAUUAAUCUUCUUUUUCUCACUUUUGUCCCUAAAGGUCUUAGUGGGACACUUGACAGUCUUUCUUUUUCUCAAGUGUCUUCAGGUAUGUCUUGUCCUCUGUUGUGUCUACUUGAAGCAACUCUUUCAGUGUUUCAGUGAGAAUAGAGCGACGUGUUGAAUCACUUCCUGAAGAAAAAACA